GCCCAGUUCCAAGAUGGCGCUCAUGGCCACAAUGGGAAUGCAGCGUGAAGCCGCAGUCUUGCCAUCACUCAAGAUGGCUGCCCCCAUCAAGAUGACCGGGUGUGCCCGGGAGAAAGGGACAGCAUGAUGAUCUGAGAUGGUCUAGCAUCGGACCAUGUGGAAGUUUCUGGGACUGGGGAACCAGAUGAUGGAGGGUGGGGCCCGUGGUGGGUAGAGAGCGCACUAGCGUCCUUUCCUAGGCUAACCCCGUCCCCUCCCUGUCAUCUGAACUAAAAUGGGGAACACAUUGGGCCUGUCACCGAUGGGGACUUUGCCCCGCCGGGGCCCCCGCCGAGAGGAACCUCUGCCCAACCCUGGGAGCUUCGAUGAACUGCACCGGCUAUGCAAAGAUGUAUUCCCAGCACAGAUGGAGGGAGUGAAGCUUGUUGUCAACAAGGUUCUGAGCAGCCAUUUCCAGGUGGCUCACUCGGUGCACAUGAGUGCCCUGGGCUUGCCGGGCUAUCACCUCCAUGCGGCCUAUGCAGGGGACUGGCAGCUUAGCCCCACUGAGGUGUUCCCCACUGUGGUAGGGGAUAUGGACAGCAGCGGCAGCCUCAACGCCCAGGUCCUGCUCCUCUUGACAGAGCAGCUCCGAGCUAAGGCUGUUUUCCAGACACAGCAGGCCAAGUUCCUGACAUGGCAGUUUGAUGGAGAGUACCGGGGAGAUGACUACACAGCCACUCUGACUCUAGGAAAUCCUGACCUGAUUGGGGAAUCGGUGAUCAUGGUGGCUCACUUCCUACAGAGCCUCACUCAUCGGCUGGUGCUGGGAGGAGAGCUAGUUUAUCACCGACGGCCAGGCGAAGAGGGGGCCAUCUUGACACUGGCUGGGAAGUAUUCAGCCGUACACUGGGUAGCUACAUUGAAUGUGGGAUCAGGCGGGGCCCAUGCAAGUUAUUACCACAGGGCAAAUGAACAGGUUCAGGUUGGAGUGGAGUUUGAGGCAAACACACGGCUACAAGACACAACCUUCUCCUUUGGUUACCACCUAACUCUGCCCCAGGCCAACAUGGUGUUUAGAGGCUUGGUGGAUAGUAACUGGUGUGUAGGUGCUGUGCUGGAGAAGAAGAUGCCCCCCCUCCCUGUCACCCUAGCCCUCGGAGCCUUCCUCAAUCACUGGCGCAACAGAUUCCAUUGUGGCUUCAGUAUCACUGUGGGCUGAGGUUGUCCCAGAACCAGUACGCACAGCAGCUGGAACCUCUGAGUCAGAUGCCCUAGGGCCAGAGACUAGGCCUAUCUCCAGAGUCCACCAUCCUGGGUAACUUCUAGGUCCCAGGAGCAGAGUGGGGGACAGGACCAUGCCCUCCUCAGAACUAGAGCUACCACAGGGGCAGCCAAUAGGGCAGUGGUUUGAGGCUACCACCUCUGCCACCAGCCCCACUAUCAUCGUCCUCGUGCUCUCAUGGCUCUGGACUAAGGGAGAAGUAUUAAGGGGUAUGUCUGGCUGAAUUCCCCCUUCCCCCUCUGCUUCCUUCUUUGUUUCCCUUUUGAUUAAAGCUCCUAGCCCCUUCGUCUUCGGAGCAGAAAAGUCUGCAUGGGA